CGGCGGCGGCGGCGGCGGCGGCGCCUUCUCCAGUCGCGUCUUUCUCACUCACUGGGGAGUCCAGCGGUGGCGGCACCUUUCGAGGCAGAGCCGGUGAGCAGCGAGCCCGCCCGCCAGCCAGUGGGAGGUCGGACAGACUGACGGCGGAGCCGACGUUCGGACGGACAGCGGGACAUCCAGACGGCCCGAGUCGCCUCAAGUUCCGCCAUGAGCUGGGGCACAGAGCUGUGGGAUCAGUUCGACAGCUUAGACAAGCAUACACAAUGGGGAAUUGACUUCUUGGAAAGAUAUGCCAAAUUUGUAAAAGAGAGGAUAGAAAUUGAACAGAACUAUGCGAAACAAUUGAGAAAUCUGGUUAAGAAGUACUGUCCUAAACGUUCAUCCAAAGAUGAAGAGCCAAGGUUUACCUCGUGUAUAGCCUUUUUUAACAUCCUUAAUGAGUUAAAUGACUAUGCAGGACAGCGAGAAGUAGUAGCAGAAGAAAUGGCACACAGAGUAUAUGGUGAAUUAAUGAGAUACGCUCAUGAUCUGAAAACUGAAAGAAAAAUGCAUCUCCAAGAAGGACGAAAAGCUCAACAGUACCUUGACAUGUGCUGGAAACAGAUGGAUAAUAGUAAAAAGAAAUUUGAAAGAGAAUGUAGAGAGGCAGAAAAGGCACAACAGAGUUAUGAAAGAUUGGAUAAUGAUACUAAUGCAACCAAGGCAGACGUUGAAAAGGCCAAACAGCAGUUGAAUCUGCGUACACAUAUGGCUGAUGAGAAUAAAAAUGAAUAUGCUGCACAGUUACAAAACUUUAAUGGAGAACAACACAAACAUUUCUACGUAGUGAUUCCUCAGAUAUACAAGCAACUACAAGAAAUGGAUGAACGAAGGACUGUUAAACUCAGUGAGUGUUACAGAGGAUUUGCAGACUCAGAACGCAAAGUUAUACCUAUCAUUUCAAAAUGUUUGGAAGGAAUGAUUCUUGCAGCAAAAUCAGUUGAUGAAAGAAGAGACUCUCAAAUGGUGGUAGACUCCUUCAAGUCUGGUUUUGAGCCUCCAGGAGACUUCCCAUUUGAAGAUUACAGUCAGCAUAUUUAUAGAACCAUUUCUGAUGGAACUAUCAGUGCCUCCAGACAGGAAAGUGGGAAGGUUGAUGCCAAGACCACAGUAGGAAAGGCGAAGGGCAAAUUGUGGCUCUUUGGAAAAAAGCCAAAGGGCCCAGCAUUAGAAGAUUUCAGUCAUCUGCCACCAGAACAGAGACGUAAAAAACUACAGCAGCGCAUUGAUGAACUUAACAGAGAACUACAAAAAGAAUCAGACCAAAAAGAUGCACUCAACAAAAUGAAAGAUGUGUAUGAAAAAAAUCCACAAAUGGGGGAUCCAGGGAGUUUGCAGCCUAAAUUAGCAGAGACCAUGAAUAACAUUGACCGCUUACGAAUGGAAAUCCACAAGAAUGAGGCUUGGCUCUCUGAAGUUGAAGGCAAAACAGGAGGGAGAGGAGACAGAAGACAUAGCAGUGACAUAAAUCAUCUUGUAACACAGGGACGAGAAAGUCCUGAGGGAAGUUACACUGAUGAUGCAAACCAAGAAGUCCGUGGGCCACCCCAACAGCAUGGUCCCCACAGUGAGUUUGAUGAUGAAUUUGAGGAUGAUGAUCCCUUGCCUGCUAUUGGACACUGCAAAGCUAUCUACCCUUUUGAUGGACAUAAUGAAGGUACUCUGGCAAUGAAAGAAGGUGAAGUUCUGUACAUCAUUGAGGAAGACAAAGGGGAUGGAUGGACAAGAGCUCGGAGACAGAACGGUGAAGAAGGCUACGUUCCCACGUCAUACAUAGAUGUGACUCUAGAGAAAAACAGUAAAGGUUCCUGAAGAGGGUUUCUGAGGAAAUGGGCAAGAUGUUGAAGGAGGUUACAUGCAGCUGCUUUUGGGGGGAGGGUAUUAGAGUUGUCAGGCUCAAAGAGAGAGUGAGAGAAGCAAAUUGCAUGAGUGCAUGCAGACAUGAUUAUUUUUUACUAACUUCAUUAGCAUUUCCAUACAUUGUUUUAAAAAAUCAUUGUAAUACCAAUCCUUAAAUUCCUAGUUCAGUUAUUCACGUGAAAGAAAAAAGCCAACAAUGGCUGACCUUUUUUGCAUUUAUUUUACUGAUGUCCAAACCAGAAAGAAUGCAGAGCUGUCAUAAAAUUUGUCUUUCAUUUGGCUGUCCCAACAGGAUGGUCUCCAUCUCAGCUCUGUUUGAAUUGGCUUUUAGAUGCAUUGUCUGUUAGAAUCCUUGCCAUUUGUCAGUGUCUGCCUGUGCCACCUCCGUGCUUGCUUAACAUCUUGUGUCGCAUGUCUAGAGUAGUUGGGCUAGAUUUUUCAGGCAUGUCUUUAUAAUCCCUUGUUCUCGUCAAAGUCUUUGUUUUGUUUUACAUUUGUAGUGUAAAUCACUUUGUCAAACAUCUUCAGCACUAAUGUUUCCAUCCUAGUAUUCGUGUAUGCUGCUAUAACUUCCUCACUGCAAACAUUCCAGUUUUGGCGUUAUGAAGAAGUAGUCUGUGAACUCGAAGUAUUUAUGAUAAGAAAAAGAAAACAUCUCUGCUCUAGCCUACAGCCUCGUUGAAAGAACUCUUUGAAAAAUGAUACAUCUUCAGCACCUCAGUCUGGGAAGAAUCUAUAGUCAGCACUGAAAUCCUGGCAUAAUAAACACAGAAGAUACCACCUCAAGACAAAGGACUGUUGUCAAAAGUCAGCUGCUUCCAUUCAAAUGCUGCCUUAAACUAGAGUGCCUAAAUCUGUUGAUUGCCAACACUACCACUACAGUAUCCCGCAAAGGGCUUUGUGUCAGCUCAGUGCGACCUCCUUUAACUCUGCAGCACAGCUGCAGCUGCCGAUGUAGCCUUGGUAGGUAGGUGGCUUUUAGAGCUCUACCAUGUACGAUGGUGCAUCUUCAAAUUUAUGCAUCAAACUAAAGACAUGUCUGAGUCCAUUUUACUUUACUCAGCGUUUUUAUGGGAAGUUUUAUGGACCUCCCCCGUUGUCUUUUUAUUUGAGGUUAUGACGAUCUCAUUUGAUUAUUACAAUGAUAGUCUGUUUCCAAGUGAUGUUUUUGUUUGAACCAUAUAAAACUUAGUGAAACUUUGUAAUGAUCUGUGCACUUUUCCUUGUAAAAUGGAAAUUUUUGUGUGUUUAUAUUUGUAAAUAUAACUGUUAGUGCCCUAUUGCUCAUGUUGUCUUGCCUCGCAUUUGUGAUUCUGUUAAUGACUUGUAUCUUAACUAAUUUCUUAGUGGCAUCAUAAUAGGGAGAUGGGCGGGGGCGGGGGGUUAUUUCUACCACUGAAGCUUUAUUAAUUUGGUUCUUUACUGUUUUGAGGGGAGAAAGAGAACGUGAAUUGGUCUGUGUAUUAUUGGAUUUUAAGCAAUAUUUUAGAAGCUGUGUGACUGCUUUAAUAAUUUUUUCUCAGUGUUAUUUGAAUCAUACUACCAGGUAUACUAAAGCUGAAUCACAAUUGUGUGAAAGUUAAUGCCUUCUUAAAAUCAAGUACACCACUGUUACACAGCUGACAUAUAGUGUAUUACCUUUGAGGCUAGUAAACUAUAAAGCUUAGAUAUUGAAUCUCAUUACAGGGUUAUUUAUAUAAUGUGACAUUAUUCAAUACUGACAGACUACGUGAAGUAGUUUUAAAAUGUAGUGCUAUUUUUCUUUUAAAGGUUAGCAAUGAGAAGGAAAUGUGAUCUGGCUGUGUUUGUCUUCUGUACAAAGCCUGAAGUGCUUAUGUUUUUUUUGGCUAAUAGCCAGAAAGGGCAAAGUUUAAGGCUUUCUUGUAAGGACUAACUGUUCUUUUCAAGCUACUGUUUGUUUUUCUAAAAGCAGGAUUUGCUUCCGUAGGAGGCAAGUUCCUUCAUGUGGAAUAGUGCAACCUGUAUAUGGGUUAUUAAUAGGAAAUACAUUUGUACUUGCACAGUUUAAAUCAUUCUUAAAUUUUGAACAUGUGAAUUGUCCAAAAGAAAUCCUUAGUUUUUCAGUAAUUUUUACCCUUUUUGUGCACAUGUUGAUUUCUUAAUGGUAAAUGCUUUGUUUAAGAUAGUGUUCUCUGUUGAGAAUAUUUUCAUGGAAUAAAAC